ACUCGGCCGCUGGCGGACCUGACUGAAGGAGGCCACGGCCACUUCUGGUUGGCCUCGGGGUGCGCUGGCUCGGCUCUUCCUCCGCUCUCGAGGCCCCCCGCAGUCCCAUCAUUCAGCUCCGUAGGGUCUCCGGCGCGGCAGUGGCCUCGCAGGGCGCUGGGUCCCUCUCCCCGACUCUCCUCCCCCUGGCCCCGUCGCCCCGCCCUCGCCGGGCUGGGCUGCGGGGUCAGGGGCCGAGCGGAGCGGGGUGAGUAUUCCCCACAGCCCUUGCCGGUUGCCACCUCCCGGCUCUGCCUCCUACACGGUCCUCGCCCCACUCCUAGGACAGGGAAGAAGGGCACGCGCGGGCAGGCGGGAAACAGCCCAGUCCUGAACAAAAGGCCGGGGAAGCGGGUCCCCGCCGGCGAACUGCAGGCCUGUGCUGGCCGCCGCGAGCGGGGAAGGGCGAGGACACUCCCUCCUCGGGGACCCGGUCCCCGUCGCGCACACGGUGUCACCAGCACUCCUGGCCCAGUACCCAAAGCACCUUCGAAAGUCUUGCUCUGUCGCCCAGGCUGGAGUGCAGUGGCACGAUCUCGGCUCACUGCAACCUCUGCCUCUCAGGUUCAAGCAAUUCUCCUGCCUCAGCCUCCCGAGUUGCUGGGACUACAGGUGCCCACCACCACGCUCAGCUAAUUUUUAAUCAGGUUAUUUUUCUGGCCAAGGCGAAGGAUUCCGCAUUUGAAUUUGCACUGUGGGUGCUUCCUUGCUGUCUAAAAUUUGAGGACCACUGCCUAAGGACCUUGCUAGUUAUCAUUUAACAUGGAAGAAGAUGAGUUCAUUGGAGAAAAAACAUUCCAACGUUAUUGUGCAGAAUUCAUUAAACAUUCACAACAGAUAGGUGAUAGUUGGGAAUGGAGACCAUCAAAGGACUGUUCUGAUGGCUACAUGUGCAAAAUACACUUUCAAAUUAAGAAUGGGUCUGUGAUGUCACACCUAGGAGCAUCUACCCAUGGACAGACAUGUCUUCCCAUGGAGGAGGCUUUUGAGCUACCCUUGGAUGAUUGUGAAGUGAUUGAAACUGCAGCAGCGUCCGAAGUGAUUAAAUAUGAGUAUCAUGUCUUAUAUUCCUGUAGCUACCAAGUGCCUGUACUGUACUUUAGGGCAAGCUUUUUAGAUGGGAGACCUUUAACUCUGAAGGACAUAUGGGAAGGAGUUCAUGAGUGCUAUAAGACGCGACUGCUACAGGGACCAUGGGACACUAUUACACAACAGGAACAUCCAAUACUUGGGCAACCCUUUUUUGUACUUCAUCCCUGCAAGACAAAUGAAUUCAUGACUCCUGUAUUAAAGAAUUCUCAGAAAAUCAAUAAGAAUGUCAACUAUAUCACAUCAUGGCUGAGCAUUGUAGGGCCAGUUGUUGGGCUGAAUCUACCUCUGAGUUAUGCCAAAGCAACCUCUCAGGAUGAACGAAAUGUCGAUUGACAAGAUUCUUCUAUUGAGCUUAGGAAUUGUGGCAUGAAGAAUGCCAAGAGUUUACCUGGCCAGCCCUGGCUAUAAUAGGACCAAUACCGUGGAAUAUUUCAUCUCACCAAGAUUUGACCUGGAUUAUUUUUCCCUUGGACACAAAUGUCUACAGCAACUGAUGUUUGAUAGACUGAAUGUUUAGAAGAAACACUUCAAAGGCAUACAUCAUGGCCAGACAUGGUGGCUCACACCUGUAAUCCAAGCACUUUGGGAGGCCAAGGUGGGAGCAUCACUUGAUCCUGGGAGUUCGAGACCAGCCUGGGCAACAUGGUGAAACCCUGUCUAUACAAAAAGUUGCCUGUUUAUGGUGGUGUGUGCCUGUAGUCCCAGCUCCCCAGGAGGCUGAGGUGGGAGGGUUGGCUUGAACCCAGGAGGCAGAGGUUACAGUGAGCUGAGACUGUGCCACUGCAGUCCAGCCUGGGUGACAGAGCCAGACGCUGUCUCAGAAAAAAAAAAAAAAAAAAAAAGACACAUCACUAUAAAUAGCAAAAAAACAAAUCUAACUUACUAAUACUAGGAACACCAACAUUAUUAGGGCACUUGCAGGUUAUUCUUUUCUAGGCCAAGUACUUCACUUCCAUUUGUCUGACAUGGAGAUUGAGGGAGAAAUGUAUUUGUGUGUUCAUUUUAAUGUAAGAUAUACAAAAAUUAAAUUACUGGAUUUACCUGUCCCUGAAACUGGUGUUAUAAACAUGACCUAUCUUAAGUGAUUCUCCCAUAGUCAAACUCAGGAACAAUAGAUUAUUUCUGUUUUACUCCAAAAGAGAGAGAGAGAGAAGCGAGUGUGUGUGUGUGUGUAUGUAUGUGUGGGUGUUUGUGUAGAUAGAUAGAUGUAAAAUAAAGAAAAAACACAAUAUUUUACUGUGAGAUAAUAUGUUUUACCAGAAAAGUGUGGCAUAGUAAUUAGAAGUUUUCUAAAAAGCUAUAGGAAAUAUUUAAACAUUAAAAUUUCUUUUUGACCUAUAGUAAUAAAACAAUGGUCAUUUUACCCCUCUGCUUCUCAACCCCACAGCUGUUCUGCUGUACUCUUUGAGGGCUCUUGAGCGAGUCUUCAUGUCCCUGAGACUUAUUUUCCUCAUCUUUAAUUUGAAAAUAACAAGCUACCUCAUAGGGUUGCUGUGAGAACCACAUGAGAUCAUUAAUGCAUGAUAAGAUAUUGUAAAGUAUUAUACAAAUAUUCAUUAAAUGCUCACCUUUCUUGUA